UCAAAGCGGCUAGGUCGACCUGCAGAAGAAAUGGAUGAGUGCUGCCUGCCAGCUGAGGACAGGGAGAGACUCAGAGUACACAGAGAGAUAGAGAGACAACUGCGCCGGGAUAAAGACGCCUCUUACCGGCAGUUGAAGCUGCUUCUUUUAGGGACUGGUGAAAGUGGGAAGAGCACUUUCAUCAAACAGAUGAGGAUCAUCCAUGGCAGUGGAUACAGUGAAGCUGACAGGAAAGGGUUCACUCAGCUAGUGUUUCAGAACAUCGUCACAGCCAUCCAGGCGCUGAUCAACGGCAUGACGACACUACAGAUUGACUACACUGAUAACCAGAACACUAGCCACGCACAGAAGCUUGGCCAAGUGGAGGCAGACCAUGUGUCCACUCUGGAUGCUCGGCAGGUGGACGCCAUUAGGCGAGUGUGGAGUGACCCUGGUGUUCAAAGGUGCUACGACCGCCGAAGGAAAUUCCAGUUGUCUGACUCUGCCAAAUAUUACCUUGACGACUUGGACAGAAUCACUGCCCUGUUAUACAUCCCCACAGAGCAAGACAUCCUGAGGGUCAGGGUCCCCACCACAGGCAUCAUAGAGUACCACUUUGACCUUAAAGAUGUCCUCUUCAGGAUGGUGGAUGUGGGUGGUCAGCGUUCAGAGAGGAAGAAAUGGAUCCACUGUUUUGAGAAUGUCACUUCCAUCAUAUUUCUGGCGGCCCUCAGCGAGUAUGAUCAAGUCCUCUCCGAGAGUGAGAAUGAUAAUCGACUGCAAGAGAGCCUCGCCUUGUUCAAGACCAUCAUCUCGUACCACUGGUUCCAAGAGUCCUCCAUCAUCCUCUUCCUGAACAAAACUGACUUGCUUGAGGAGAAAAUCACACAGUCUCAUUUGGCAACCUACUUCCCGGCCUUCACUGGGCCUCAGUGUGAUGCCAGAUCUGCGGAAAAAUUCAUCUGGCAAAUGUACCAGAAUAAGCAAAGUGGGCAUCCUCAAUCCCUUUACAAACACUUCACCUGUGCCACAGACACAAACAACAUCCGGCUGGUCUUCAAAGAUGUCAAAAAUACAGUCUUCAGAAAACAAAUUGAAUUGUUCAACCUGGAAUAAGGAUGUUGCAGGACAAAGUGAUGGUUUCCCCUUGAGGAACAAGGAGCCAGGUUAUACAGUCACAUGUUGUUACACUUUUAUGGACAUUUUUAUCUGUUAUUUGCUGUUGGUUGCAGCUUAUUCAAAGACACCAAAGAAAGGCAAUGUGACAGUAUUGUCCGGUAAGGGACAUUUAUCUUGUUUUUAUCUAUACCACUCUAAAAACAUAGACAGAUUGUGCCAUUUUUUAAUAAAUGGUAGAAAAGCUCAUUUUCUAUUGCUACAGUAGAGAAAUGGACAACUGCAAUGCCAGUUAAUCGUUGUAAUGAACUAUUACAGAGGGGUUCCUUUGAUACCCAUGCUGUUUGAUAGUCAUCAGCAAAUUCUAUCAAACUGGUUAGUCAAAGUCUUACCAGUUGGAUACCAGUCUAGAAUAGUCUUCAGGGAACUAGAGUGCCUUACUUUAUAUUUAUGCUGAUGUGUUAUUGUAUGCAACAACAACCAUGUAGACUGUGAAAUGUUUUCUUUCAACUUUAAAAUAUAGAUAUUGAAACCACAUGUUAUCUGUGUAUUUAUAUGAACUGGAUUCUGUGCCGU